CCGGCUGGCCGUAGGGUGGUGGAGUACAAGCAAGUGUCCUAACGAAUAUUUUUUUUCCCCUUUUUUUAUUUUUAACUGUAAGAAUAAUGUACACAAGAUAAUCGUCAUUAGUGCUGUUCGUUGACAUUUACUCGGACUUGUAAUUACCGUGCACAAUCCGUGAUGCUGUAGAGAUUUUUUCUGAAUGAGGAUACGUUUGUGGUCAUAUUUUGCUAACCCAACUCAACAUUUAAGCUAAGGGAUAUUUGUCACGAACCCUAUAUUUAAUUACACCAACAAAUAAAUUAUGCGAAAGGUUCUGAGACAUUUUAGACGGUUUCCAUGGGUGACCAAUGUGACACUAUAUGGCUGUCUGUACUGUGGGGGGGACUUCGUUAGCCAGUGUUUGACUAGCAGGGACAAAAUGGACUGGACUCAAACACGAAACGUCGCUAUCGUUGCGUUUAGUUUCCAUGGCAACUUCAGCUUCUUCUGGAUGCGGUUCCUGGAGCGGAGAUUUCCUGGGAAUUCCAUCAGGAUGGUGAUGCGGAAGCUGUUCCUGGAUCAGACUGUGGCGGCCCCGCUGGCUACCAGUGUCUUCUACACAGGAAUGAGUUUACUGGAGGGUAAAAAUGACAUCAUGGAAGACUGGAGAGAAAAAUUCCUGAACACAUACAAGACUGGACUCAUGUUCUGGCCUUUCAUGCAGUUUCUAAACUUUGCUUUGGUGCCUCUGUACGUGCGGACCACCUUCACUGGCUGCUGCGCCUUCAUUUGGGCCACUUUCCUCUGCUUCUCACGCAAAAGUGGUGAUGGCACGUUUGCUGCCGCUCUCGCCUGGAUGUUCCCCCCCAAAGACGAAUCUACAGAGGAGAAAGCAGAUUCCAUAUCUGAGGUUCAUUCUCCCAAAGAUGGAACGGUUGGAUCUAAACCACAGAACUGAAAUACAGUGGUGUUUAUUACAGAAGAUACAAAAUGUGAAGUAGGAAACACUGGAUCUAAAGCAGGAGACAACUGGUCUAUUCCUGUGUAGCUCAGUGUUGAGCUGCAUUGCAACAAUGCAGAGGUCUGACAUCAAAGUCAAACUGGGGCCAAACUAAAAACGUGCUUCCUUGUGAAGUUGAAAGGUGCUUUAAGAAACAAAAUUUCAACCAUGUAUAUAGAGAAUAUUUUUAAUGCUGCAAGAUCGUACAGUUUCAGCUUAGUGGGACAUUUUUUCAGUCCUGCUCUUCCAUAUUAUAACAAAACAUAACUGUGUUUUAUUUAUUGUGAGGAUUUGCCUGUUUGUUUUGUAAAUACAGUUUUUUUUCUCUUACUCUAGUAUGAUUACUGAGUCACCAGAUAUUUAAUAUAGAUUUAAAGAAGGAUCUCUACGUUUGGAAAUGAAGCUGUGACAGUGCAAACAUUUGUAAAAUCAAAUGUUCCAGCUUCUUUUACUUCCAUCAAAAUGGAAAAACUGGAUUUAAUGCAAGGGAAAAAUAUAUUUCCUCUUUAUGGAGUGGCAGCUAACGUUUCACAGUUAGACGGUUAGACUCCUAGUUUGAUCAAAUCUGAACAAAAUGCAAAAAUGUCUUCAUGCUUAGACUGUUAUCUACAACUGCAACAGACUGCCUCAUCUCUAAAGCUCCAACCAACUCCUGGCGGCUCACUAAAGCCUCAGCUUUUAAACUUGUUUACAUCUCAAUCAAGUUCAAUUCAGCCAUCCCAUCCCCCUCUGACAUGCAAUAGCUGGAUAGAUAAAAAAAAAAAUGUGUUUAUUCUAGUUUGAAGUGGGUUUUGCCUUUCACUAAAAAGAGUUAAAGCACUUUUUUCACAAGACUGAUUUGCUGUCUGCAGCAUUUUCCCAGAUAUUCUGAUAAAAUAAGAAAAGAUGACUGGAGUGUGGACUUAUGAGGAGACUGGAAUAUUUCUCCAUCUCAUCUGUGACAACAUGUUAUAAUUGUUCAGAUGGAAGAUAGUAACAGAAUGUUCUGCUUCUUUAUUCAUGAUCAUCAGUGCUAUGAUUAAAGUAGCCUACAGCGCCACCCUCUGACAAUAUCAUGCCAAGUUUUUUCAUUCCAAGCCAGUUUAUGAAGACACUUUUUUUUUUUUUAAACUUUUCAGAAAUUUGCUACAAAAUCACUUGACAUUUCAAGGAAAUGUGGCUCACUACAGAAUACAACCAGACCAAUUAAAGGCCAAAACUUAAAUAUAUAACAAGUGCCAUUUCACCAGAGUCCACAGAAAUGUUUCAUAUGAAAUCUUAACCUUUUCCUAGUCCAGAUGUGGCAAACAUCAGCAGCUCUUGGCCACAUUCAUUAGUACAGAAUAUCUCCUUUUGUUACAGUUUACUCUCUGGUACAAGAAAAAACGAAUACACACACUCAAACACAGUUACAUAAGACACUUUGUUUAUCAUUAAUAGAUACUUUACAUACAUAUAGGGGGAUGUCAGUGCAAGCAAAGACAAGAUCAAAGUAAACAGGAGAUAAAAGAUAAGUUUGUUGACAAUAAUUGUUAUAGAAAUUUAUGAAUCAGAUAUUGUUUUGAUGCUGCAGGCCACAGAGAUGUGUAUAUCUCUAUUUGUCUAAAAUGUUUGACUCUAAAAUGAUGUUUGCAGUGACAGUGAAUGCAUUUCAAAUAAUCCAAGUAUAUCUAAGCUCUGUGUUGUUAUUGAAUGUUACAUAUCUGAAUGAAUUGUGUGAAUAUUUGUGUGGGUUGGUCACAGGAGAACACUGUAAUCACUACUGAUUAUUGUUUCCUUUGGUUGAUCUCUUUUAUCAUGCACCUUUACAAUUGCAUCUCUGAAUAAUAUAUUUAUUAAGUAGUAACAGUGUUUGUUCUUUUCUCUAGUCCCUGGUUAUGUGUAUAUGACGCACUUGUAACUGAAAGGUCAAGUCAGUGAAUAUUCCUCCUGUUCACGUCAGCAGUGUGCAUUAGUAAGUCGAUCACUGCUGCUGACUACAGAUCAGAUCUGAUGACAUUUCACACCACACCCAACUAUCACAUGAUUGCCUUUUAUUGUGGAAUAAAUUGAACAAAUAUUGUUGAUCUAGUGUGCGAUUGAUAGCUAGGGAAGCACAAAGAAAUUUGUUAUUACUAAGCUUUGUAUACAUGUCACUUAUAGUUGGGAAAUAAUUAUAUACUAAGGACAGAAUUUCAAAAGGUCAUUUUGAAGGUCUGUAAUGUUAAAUUACUAGUGAAAAUCACAUGGUCUGAUAAAUUCUUCCAGAACUG